UUUACCUGAAUCCCGACAAUUGUAUGGAACUUGAAUACACCAAUGUAUUUAAGAAUAUAUGUUGACGAAUAAUCCUACUCUUUGUUGUAAUAUUGCGGUUUAAACCACUUUAGUAUGACCUAAGAAAUCGUCGUCUGGGGAUACAAAGGCAAAAAAGCUUUUCCCGCUCCGGCUAUGAAACGACACAUAACAAUAUGGCGGAUGAGAACGUCGGCGUCAACCACAGUACAGACACCGAAUCCAUCGUUAACCGUUGGACUUUCGACUAUUACUUUUCUUUGGCGUUUGAGCUAUUUAAAACAGACCAAUACGAGGGCUUUUGUGAAAUUAGAGAUGUUCUUGAAAGUAUUUUGCGCCGUCCUCUGUCAUCCAACGAUGUCAUUCAUGCAAAAAUUCUCGUAUUACAGUUACUCUCCCGGAUUAAUGAGGGCGAAAACCUUGAUCUGGUGUUUGAAACCGAUAGCUCAAUGACGCCACUGGAGUCAGCCCUGAGCCUGCUUGGAAAUAUGAGCGAGAGGAGUGAUGUCCCACCAGAGGACUUGGAAAGCGUUUGCGCGUCAGUUAAGGAGAUGAUGGUGAAGGUUUUCAUUAAGAACAGACAGUUUGGCAAAGCAAAGGAGGUGCUUAACAAACAUUUUAGCAAAUCAGCGGAUGCAAAGAAAACUUUAUUCAUGGAUCUCAUCAGUCGGAGAAGCAACAAGCAUAAAGUCAUUGAAGAAAUGGACCUGAGAGAAUUAAAGAAUGAAGUGUUGACUUUUUCCCUGAAUCUCUUCACAUUCACUGUUCCUUUUUUUCACAAGGCUGCAAAGCGGCUUAUCGAAGAGCGUGAAAGGCAGGGUGAUGACAGUAUGGCGAUAGAUGAACCGGACGUUUCGCCUACUACAACUCAGCCAAAUAAAAGCAACUUGCUCAGUGACCAUUCCCUUAUCCAGAAGAGCAGAUUGGCGUUGGCCUACCAGACUUUGGCUAAAUGUGGACUUGCAAUUGCUUUUUCUCAACUGGAGGAUAUAGUGGAAAACGAGAUGUCUGAAACAAAGUGUCUGGCUUCUGACAAGGUGGAUACAAGUAAAGACUCUGAGCACGACGAGCUGUUUCAGAGACAUUCUGGCAGCCCCGUGGAGGCUGCCCUGGCGGGCCCACAUACUCAGACUGAUGCCCCUCCUCAGUCAAAGACAGGUUCACCACAAGUCACCACCACAAGGAAGAAACGGCAGCUUUACACUGUGUCAAAAUUUGUGAUUGAGCCGGACAGUCAACCAACCCUGUUGCUCACAGCUUCUGAGGAGCAAGAGGUUCCAGUCACAGUGGAAGAGCCAAGAGAGUCAGAGACUGGGCACAAAGCAGAUGAGGACGUUGUCACCACAAAGCGACACAGACGAGCCACAAAUACUUUUAAAAAGAGAUUUUCUGCCAGUAUGGCUGCAGAGUCUGCACAAAGUGAGGAACAAUCUAAUGCCGCAGCAAACAAGCAAGUACCUCAAGAAAAUCAUCACCACCAAACUUCACCUAACAAAAGGUCCACGCCAAGUGACUCAGAUGAAUUGUCACUAAACAGUGAAGAUGUGGUGCAGGACUCUCCAGUUAACUACAACACAACUACUCCCAAAAAACCUGCCCAUCAUCUUCAGAAACACGUGCAAAGAAAUACAGGAACAAGAAAUACGGAUGAAGUCUUGAUCACAGACACGCUAGACAGUUCACCCCCUGCCAGUGACAGCCCUCAGCAAAGUUCUACUCCUAACAACAGGGAGGCCAAGGACACCGGGUCUUCUUACUCAAAAUGGAACAACUUGUAUAGCAAAGCCAAGGAGAGUAAGGUCGUGUGGACUUAUGAAGAUGACCUUAGCAACGAAUCACCCGACAAAAGCUCAUCUUUGGGACAAAAGAAGAGGAAAUGGACGGAAGAGGAAACACAGAAACUGAAGGAAGGAGUAAAGAAGUUUGGAGAAGGCAACUGGAGCAAGAUAAAGUCUUAUUACUCAUUCAGUGACAGGACAAACGUUCACCUUAAGGACCGCUGGAGAACAAUGAAGAAGUUAAACAUGGUGUGAGUGCUUUUUAAAAUAUUUGGAUUCCAGUGUACCACCUCCCAACAGCUCAUUAACUUUGUGCUCAUUUACUGUAUGUAUCACGCAUUGAAUUUGUUUUGCUUAUUUUAUUUGACCCUCUUUUCUUGGAGGAAUCAGUGUUUGCUCUUGUCGGCGCGCACAAUGAACUGCUCAUUUUCAAUGUUUUCUUUUUAUUUUACGUUUUGAAACAUUCAACUUUUUUUUUAACUUAAUCUUUGCUUCUGCAGAGGCUAGAUGUGUUUACAGUACAGUCCUGUCAUGAUAUAAACAAUAUUAUUGUCAUUAUAUUGAGACCAUUUUGUCAUCAAUGUAAUGAUUAUAUGUGGCAUAAUAAUGCAAGUAAACCAUAUCAAAAGCACUGAACUAUUUUGUUAAGUGUAUUUAACAUUGUAAUUAGGAUGUCUAAGAGCUAUUGAAACAUACCGUAAACUAACCAAGACAAGGCCUGCCAAUGAAAAUUGUAUCUUUUAGCAAAAAUAAAGGUAACAAUAUUUUUUAUUCA